AUGGGUCUAUUUAAUAAGCAUGAAUCCAAGGAUAAGAAGAUGAAGGUUAAGAUCACUCACGCAGAUGAGAAGAGAUUGAAGAUGAGGUCGGAAAACAUUCAUGAUCCUAUUUUGAAUGCCGUUAAUGAGGCUCAGCCUUUCGAAGAAGCUGCGUAUCAUGAAAGAAAUCCAUCUUCGAUGAGUGGCGAGGGUCGAAUGAAUGAUACUUUUGGAAAUCCCAUCAUUAAUCCCGAUGUAUCUAACCCUGCUCGUUCUAGAGACGAGAGACCUUUAGACACGAUACGAGCUUUUGAAUUUUCCAUCACCGGUGAUGAUGUCUAUAAGCAGCAGUUGGAGACUCCACAGUUGGGAUGGAGGGUUCGGGAAGAUUUCCCUUUGUUCUCUUCCAAUCCUUACGGAGGAGCCGGAAACGGUGCAGGUAGCAGUGUGCCCGCUCAGUAUGAUGAUUAUGGCCGUCCAAUCUAUAACAAUACACAAAAUCCCGUGUCUGUUCAACAGGGGGUUUAUACGGCUGCUCCUAAGAAGCAGGAAAAGAAGAAAAAGAGAGGAUUCUUGGGUUUGGGUCGAAAGAAGAAAUAG